AUGGACCACAAAGAAGCUCAAAAAGGCACUUAUAAAGAGAUGAUGAGUGCAACAUUAGGUGAUGCGAUUAAUUUCAGACGUGGAAUUUCGACCUUAGUUGCAUUGUCUUCAAUUAGGGCCACCGCUUCAAUAGUUUGGAGUGGUUCUAGAAUUAUUGCAUCCGCUGCCAAUAGCAAUCUCAUUCCCUAUUUCUCGCCACUUUUAAGAAAAUUUCUAAAUGGUCCUAGAAUUAUCAAAAAGAUCUUAAGAAAAUUUCGAGUGAUUGAAGUAGACCCCGAUGAAAAUAACCCAAAUGAGGAUAGUUGCCAUGAUGCUCCCAUUGGUGCAUUGAUUUUUCAAUGGUUAUACUGCUCGAUAAUAAUUUUUGUCUUUCCAAAAAGUCAUCCUUACGAAAUACUCGUAACAAUGACUCAGUAUUCAGCUCUCAUCUUCUUCGGCCUCAGUGCUCUGGGUCUUAAAAAGAAGAGGAGAACUUUGUAA